CAUGAACCAUUUCAUUACUGCUCUGCGAGAUAGCUCGUUCCUGCAGGUGGGUCGAGCGUGGGAACGCAGAGAAAAUGGAGAGGGCGCUAGUUGAAAAGAGGUUUAGUGUGAAGGGAUCCCGUUGGUACAUACAUCAGUGACCCGCAAUUAGACAAGGCAAGGAAAAGAAGUACCAUCUUUGUCCAGAAGUCACAUAUCGCUGAACGAAUUGGACAUUACAGAUGCUGGGGGUCCUUAUUAAAAGUCAAGACGCGUCUGGGAGAGUGAAUGGCUUUUAUAACUUCGACCAGUUCUCAUUUUUGUAGCCACGUUAAGUCGCGCCCUAUCUUCACCAUUCUCAUUGUCUUUUUACGCCCCAUAACCUUAUACGUCCAUACACCAUGCCACCCCAUGAGCAUCAUUUCCAAAUGCCUCCUAACCAUAAUCCCCCGCCCAACUUUCCUCGACCUCCUUUCCAACCCCAUGUAUUCCAGCCGGGACUGCCCCCAAAUGCAGUACCGCACCCCUUCGUCCUACAACAGUGGCCAUCGUUCGAAAAAUCCAUUCAUGAUGCUGUGUUUCGUGGGUUUGAGCAGUACGUUUCCGGCUCAUCCCGUUCGGUCUCCAAUUGCAAAGGUGGACUUCCAUACCUGAAAGCUAAAGACGAAAUAAGAACCAGUCAUAUGCCAGAGAAGCCAGUUAGAAUAUCUAGAGAAGAAGCCGAAACCUUGUUCUCUACAUUUUGUGGCAAUGUCAAAGCCUUGCUACAAGAGCAGUCAUCAGGGCUCCUUAGGGCACUAGAUGAACACAAAAAGUCCUCGGAGGAAAGGACAACCAGCUCUGACAUUGCGGCGCAGGAUAUGGGAAGAGUGAUACACUCGACCGAAGCGUUGCGACAAGAGCUUCAGAGUUUGUCCGCCACACUCCAUUCUGAGAUCAAAGCUCCCAUGCAAGAGCAAACAUCAGAGAUGCUUACGGCACUCAGUGAAUACAAAAAGUUGACGGAGGCGACAAUGACUACCUGGAGUGUGACAGCGGAGAAGUUGGAGCGAAUGGCGCAGUCGAUUGAGAUGUCUACAGAAGAUUUCAAAAGCUUGUUUACACAAGACCGAGCGAAGCAGUGUUCUGAGAUCAACACCCUGCUAGCAAAGCAGUUGUCUGAGUUCCAACCUCGGCCGGCACCCGACACCAUGGACAAAGCUUCACAACUAAUGGAGGAGGUUAAGGACCUUCUGUGUACGCUCCGAGGAGAACGGGAAUCGUUGCAAGGGGAUCCCGAGCCGACAAGUUCGCAACGCAUCAGCGGCCAUACCAACGUUGAGCCCAUGCAAGGCGCCUAG